AUGCUGAAUAGGCUUCAUGGCCAACCCGAGAGCUACGAUAAGAAAGCUAAGUACAGGUUUGGUCGAACACUCGGAGCUGGAACAUAUGGAGUCGUGCGGGAGGCUGAUGGCCCAACUGGCAAGGUUGCCGUCAAGAUAAUUCUCAAACGAAAUGUAAAGGGAAACGAACAGAUGGUCUAUGACGAGCUCGAGAUGCUUCAGAAACUCAAGCAUCCUCACAUUGUCAAGUUUGUUGACUGGUUCGAGUCGAGACUUGCUACCGGCGGCGAGCUCUUUGAUCGCAUUUGCGAGCAGGGCAAGUUCACUGAGAAGGAUGCCGCUGAGACUAUUAAGCAAAUCCUACUUGCUGUCGAUUUUCUUCAUAAGAACAACAUUGUUCACAGAGAUCUCAAGCCCGAGAACCUCCUUUACCUCAGCAAAGAUCCCGAUUCUGACCUCGUCUUGGCCGACUUCGGUAUUGCCAAGAUGCUCGACGGAAAGGGCGAGUCUCUCAAGACCAUGGCUGGCUCUUUCGGUUAUGCUGCCCCCGAGGUGAUGCGCAAGGAAGGCCAUGGAAAGCCUGUGGAUAUGUGGUCCAUGGGUGUCAUCACUUACACUUUGCUCUGCGGUUACUCGCCUUUCCGCAGUGAGAACCUCCAGGACCUUAUCCGGGAGUGCACUGAGAACUCGGUUGUCUUCCACGAGCGAUACUGGAAGGACGUCAGCAACGAUGCAAAAGACUUCAUCUUGCAUCUGAUCAACCCAGAUGCUGAUCAGCGUUGGACCAGCGAGGAAGCUUUGGGUCAUAUCUGGCUCACCGGAAAGAACGCUAGCGAUUACAACUUGUUGCCCGAGAUCAAGUCUUUCCGCGCCAGAAGCCGAUUCAGGCGCAUCAUUGAGAAGAUCAAGCUCCAAGCACGUAUCGAGAAGCUCAAGGCUAUGGAGGAGGACCCGGAGAACUCGGAUCUUUCAGCUAUCUUCUCCGAGGUCGCCAGAGCAAAGCUCGCCGACGACAAGGAGGAGAAAGAGGUUCUCCGUGUCACUCAAGAGGUCGAAAAAGAUGCCAAGCGUCGAAGUUUCCAGGCUUGA